UGAGCGAGGAAGGACCGGCCCGGCCCGGCCCUGCCCGGCCGCCCCCCCCCCCCCCCGAUCCCCCGCCCCGCACCGCCAUGGCCUCGCCGUCAUCCAACCUCCAGAAAGCAAUAGACCUCGCCAGCAAAGCAGCACAAGAAGACAAAGCGGGGAAUUACGAAGAAGCCCUCCGGCUGUACCAGCACGCCGUGCAGUAUUUCCUCCACGUCGUUAAGUAUGAAGCACAGGGUGACAAAGCAAAGCAGAGUAUCAGGGCAAAAUGCACAGAGUAUCUUGAUAGAGCUGAGAAACUGAAGGAGCACCUGAAGAAGAAGGAGAAAGCUCCAAAGAAGCCGGUGAAGGAGGCACAACCCAGCACAGCUGAUGAGAAGGAGAACGAUAGUGAUGGAGAAGGAGAAUCUGAUGACCCCGAAAAGAAGAAGCUGCAGAAUCAACUUCAAGGUGCCAUUGUUAUGGAGCGACCGAAUGUGAAAUGGAGUGACGUCGCGGGUCUUGAGGGAGCCAAAGAAGCACUUAAAGAGGCUGUGAUAUUGCCCAUUAAGUUUCCUCAUCUCUUUACAGGGAAGAGAACUCCGUGGAGGGGGAUCCUCUUGUUUGGACCACCUGGAACGGGAAAAUCUUACUUAGCCAAAGCCGUAGCAACCGAAGCCAACAACUCUACUUUUUUUUCGAUAUCAUCUUCCGACCUUGUCUCAAAGUGGCUGGGAGAAAGCGAAAAGCUGGUCAAGAAUUUAUUCCAGCUGGCCAGAGAGAACAAGCCUUCCAUUAUUUUCAUCGAUGAGAUCGAUUCUUUGUGCGGCUCAAGAAGUGAGAAUGAAAGCGAGGCUGCCAGGAGAAUUAAGACCGAGUUCCUGGUUCAAAUGCAAGGUGUCGGGGUGGACAACGAUGGAAUUUUGGUUCUGGGAGCCACCAAUAUCCCCUGGGUCCUGGAUUCUGCCAUCAGAAGGAGAUUUGAGAAGCGAAUUCACAUUCCUCUGCCUGAAGACCACGCGCGGGCAGCCAUGUUUAAGCUGCACCUGGGAACUACUCAGAACAGCCUGACAGAAGCAGACUUCCGAGAAUUAGGGCAGAAGUCACAAGGUUUUUCUGGUGCUGACAUCAGCAUCAUUGUGCGAGAUGCGCUCAUGCAGCCCGUGAGGAAAGUUCAGUCGGCCACUCACUUCAAAAAGGUCCGAGGGCCCUCACCCGCUGACCCUAAUAUCAUGGUAGAAGAUAUGCUCACCCCAUGUUCCCCGGGCGAUCCCGAUGCCAUCGAAAUGACGUGGAUGGAUGUCCCCGGGGAUAAGCUUUUGGAGCCGGUGGUUUCCAUGUCUGAUAUGCUGCGGUCAUUAGGAAAUGCAAAACCCACAGUAAAUGAACAAGACCUGUUAAAAAUACACAAGUUUACAGAAGACUUUGGCCAAGAAGGGUAAACCAGAGAAAAUGGGGAAGCAGUGACCUUGGUCUUUCUCUCUUGGGUAUUCAUGCCUCUAUCGAUGGCAUGCGGGUAAUUGCCAAUGGAAAAAAAAAAAAAUCAUUCCUUUCUUUCCACACACAGCGGGGGCGAUAUCAAUCCUCAGAGUUUCUCUAGCUUUUAUAUUGUAUUUCCCUCAAAUAUCUAUUAAAUUUCUCCUAUCGAAAAGAAAUUUCAAAAGACGGAGUGCUGUUUUAGAAUCCCAAGGGGCAGCGUAGCAAACGGGAAAUAUUCCAGAUCUUCUUUAACAUCAGAUGAAAAUUUCCGAAGACAGGAAUUCCAGUAAUUUUCACGUGCCCCGGGUCUGACAUAAAGCAGUUAUCAUCUUCUCGGGCCCAAUGGGAAUGAAGCUGGUUUUCUGUUUUGGAGAGGAGAACUGGGUAACAGUCCCACGCGUAUUGUCCAAGUGAAUUGAUCUGCUUACGAGCAUAAUUGUUUCCUUUUGUUCAACCCCAAUCAAGAGGAUGGGAAGAAGAAAUCAGCAGUGCCAGGGUUAAGGCCGUAAGGAAGCCAAGGGCCCGGAGACUGGGUUCGGAUUCAGCGUGGCCAGCCUUGGCCAGGGGCGGCGGGGGGGGGGAGGGGGGGGUCGAGGGGGUCGCCCCCUUCUUGCCCGAGGUUUGGCCUCCUGGGAUCCUCGGGGAGCAUUGCCUUAAAAAAGCAGCAAGUUUUCCUUCGUAAGCCAGGUCCUGGAAACCUGUCACUGUGCAAUCUGGAGGAAAGAGCUGCACAGCGUGACGCGCUCUCUCCCUCGGAGAUCAAACUCCUCUGUCCCGGUGUCUCUUUCUGUUAGCGAAUUUGAACAAAGGCAUGACAGACAGGGCGGUGGUUGGAGAUCCGGGGUCAUGAAAUCACUGUAACGGGAAACCUUUCAACUGGGUUUGGGCUGGUGCUGGGGGCAGGCACGCCCUUGCAUAUUGGAUUUUUUUUUUCCUUCAUCCUGGAAAAUUGGGGUGCUGAGGACCUCUUCUCUCUGUCUCACACACUCACACACACACACACACACACACACACACACAAAUCUCCUUUCCUCAUCUGCUUGGGAGUUGAAGGCAGAAUUCGCCCAGGCCAAACUCCUUCUCGCACCUUCUCGCCCCUCUAUAUUAGAUGCUGUGCUUCAUGGAGGCUUGGGAAUGGGACAGCGUGGCUCCAGUGACUAAAGCCUCAAAGUGGUAUUGGGUUAUUUCCAGUAACCUUCUAGGGAGUGAGCGUUCCGCGGCGGGGUAUCUUCCAACACGUCAGCAUCAGCAUUGAGUUGUGCCUUGUCCGUUUGCAUUGGCUGGAGAUGUAGAGGAGCUCGAGGUCUUUAGCAUGCAAUACAUUCCAUCGUUCUCUACUCUGCAGUUCUGUCUUGCAAAUGCUUUGGUUUAGAGUCACUUGCAUUAAAAAGGAUUUUUGCACAUUUCAGAUGUUCUCCUAAAUGGUGACCUUGUCUUUUCUGUACAUACUUUGUGUCUUUUCCUUUAUACAAGUCUUAGGACUGGUGAAAAGCGCUGUUCUUAUCUGAAGUAAAAGUGUCCCAGUACAACAA